AUGGAGCCCAGCAAGCGCGGUAUGGGCAUCGACGAAUUCAUAACGUCCAUCCAGGCAUGGACGGACAAGGAGGAGGCGGCCUGGCGCCACUACCGCGCGGCACGAGCCGCCGCCCGUGGCGUCGGCCAAGAGGCGGAGGCGGAGGCGCAGCCGCCGCUCUUUUUCCAUACGCCACCGUCGUGGCCGAUAUCGUCGAGCGACAAACAGCCGUUCAACGUCUACUACGAGUCGGUCCAGGACACCGACGCCGCCAAGGCAUGGCCAAGCGGUGAGAUCCAGUACGCAAAGCACAAGUGGGACGCCAUGACGGAGGGCGAGAAGGCCGUGUACGUCACGCUGUGCGAAGAACAACGGCGGCAGGCCUGGGUCGAGACGUUCCGAUUCCCUCGGCGGUUCCAAUAG